AGUCGCAACUCGCAACCCCACUAGCACAACGCCAACGUAAGCUUUGAUCGCCCGCCGAUGAAGAGCUUCCUGGUCCCUUCCGGCGACAAGGAAGAGGGGGCGGCGUUGGUGCCGCCUCAGGAGGACGGCGAGGCGCCGCGCAAGGUCGUCGUCGACGGCGGCAAAGCUGCUGACACGGCGGUUGAACGCUCGUCGCCAUCUUCGCCAUCAACAGCGACGACGACGAAGAAGCCGUGGUGGAAGGCCUCGCUGCUGUCUCCGACGAAGGGCGCCGUGGGGCUGGUGAUCGGCGGCCUCGUGCUCCUCGCGCUGCUCGCCGGCGCCAGAUGGAUCGACCUCGACGCCUCGUUCCUGCGGGGCAACGGCAGCGGCACCGGCGGCACCAGCCGUCGUUGGCGCCAUCCUCCCCGCCGCCAACGCUCGUCACCGCCCGUGCCCAUACCCUUCAGCUGCGGCAACGGGACGUCAUCGUCGUCUACGCCACUAUGCCGUCGCCCCCGUGGGGCAAUGCCACCACCGGCUGCAUCGCCAUCUCCAGCGGCGCCGGAACGGCCCGUGCCGCGGCCGCCUUCGUGCCCGGACUACUUCAGGCACAUCCACUCGGACCUUGCGCCGUGGCGCGAGAAGGGGAUCAGCAGGGAGGCGGUGGAGCACGGCCAGCCGAACGCAGCGUUCCGGCUGACGGUGGUCUUCGGGCGCGCGUACGUGGAGACGUACCACCGCGUGUUCCAGACGCGGGACCUAUUCACGCAGUGGGGGAUCGCGCAGCUGCUCGCCCGCUACCCAGGCCGCGUCCCGGACCUCGACCUCAUGUUCAACUGCGAGGACAUGCCGGAGCUGCGCGCCGCCGACUACCCGGACACCUCCGCCGCGCCGCCGCUCUUCCGCUACUGCAAGGACGGCACCUCGGUCGAGGUCCUCUUCCCGGACUGGUCCUUCUGGGGCUGGCCGGAGGUCAACAUCCGUCCAUGGGGGCCGCUCAUGAAGGAGAUCGCCAAGGAGAACGCGCGGCUCCCCUGGCCGGACAGGGAGCCAUACGCGUUCUGGAAGGGCAACCCUCACGUGUCGGAAGCGCGCCGCGACCUCUUCCGCUGCAGCAACGAUUCCGCCGCCGGCAAAGACCGGAACGCGCGGCUGUUCGCGCUGGACUGGGGCGCCGCCAACCGGAACGGCUUCAAGGGCUCCAACCUGGCGGAGCAGUGCCGGUACAGGUACAAGAUCUACGUGCAGGGGCGGUCGUGGUCGGUGAGCGAGAAGUACAUUCUCGCAUGCGACUCGCCGAUGCUGGCCAUCGACACGCCCUUCGAGGACUUCUUCUCCCGGGGGCUCGUCGCCGGCCGCCACUACUGGCCCAUCGACCCCAGGGACAAGUGCCGCGCGGUCAAGUUCGCCGUCAACUGGGGGAACGGGCAUCCGGCGCUGGCCCAGCGCAUGGGCAAGGAGGGCAGCGGGUUCGCGAGGGAGGAGAUGAGCAUGGACUACGUUUACGACUACAUGUUGCACGUGCUCAUCCAGUACGCUGCCCUGCUCCGGUACAAGCCCACCGUGCCGGAGAACGCCGUGGAGCUCUGCCCCGAGUCCAUGGCCUGCUCCGCCCAAGGCCGGGACAGGGAGUUCAUGAUGGAGUCCAGGGAGAUGUAUGUGGCCGGAUACGAGCCAUGCACGUUGCCGCCGCCGUUCACCGCCGAGGAGGAGAGGGAGAUGGCUGCGAGGGAAGAGGAUGUGCGAAGAAAAGUAGUUAAAAUGGAGGGGAGGUAGCAGCUCACCUUACUAGAAAUGGUAGAUUAUACAAGUUGAUUUAGUGUGGCAGAGCAAGAGUGACAGAGCAAGAUCAACCAAUGGAACAGGUAAACAUACAAAGAUGAAGACAAGCUUAGAGUAUCUAUCUAUUAUAUUAUGAAAACAAAAGACAAACGAGACACCACAUUUAUCCACAUGUGCUAAUAUUAUUACCACCGUUUGAUCAGAAUAAUAAUGGCUGAGAUUUAAAAUUAUUUGGGUAACAUGCUAGCAUAUGCGAUCCAGGAUAUUGAACCGUCACGUCUAUGCAUAAUAAGCAUCUAAAAUAAGGUACAUCGUAAACGGAAGGAAGCACCGAUUGGAAUUGAUUGAUUAUAAAAGGCGUAAAAAAAAGUACAUGCAAACCAUGUUUAUUUGGCUAAAAGACAAGUGUAUUGAUUAGGAGAUACAGAGUCCUAAUCCAUCACGUGCCUAUAUGUAAGAAGGAUAUUACGAGUCUAAACCCUACACUGCCGCGGCCUAAAAGGUCAUAGAAUUUCAUUCCCUCUUAAAAAAGGUCUUGGAUUCUCAUCCUCGCGCCACAAUCACAUCCAUCUUCGAUGCCCUUGGUCGAGCUCCUUGAGAAAGCUCGACGCUUUCUCGCUCUGCUGAUCCCCUUUUCUUUUUGUGCUGAGCUUAGCAAAAAUAAACAUGGGCAAGCAAAAAUGAAAAAGCUUGGAGAUAUAGCAAUAACAGAACGAUAUGUCGAUUCCCUCUUUCGGUUUGUGCCCAGCUUAGUGGAAAUCAUGGGCAAGCAUAACUGGAAAAGUUUGGAGAUGAAGCAAUAACAAAACGAUAUGCGAUCCCCUCUUUGGUUUGUGCCAAGCUUAGCGAAAAUCAUGGGCAAGCAGAACUGGGAAAACUGGGAGAUGAAGCAAUAACAGAACGAUCAGGAAGGUUCUGGGCGACUCGGAUGGGCGGGCGAUGGAAUCAUCAUUGGUGGAGGUUCAAGGACGAUGGCGUGGAUGCCACUAUGAUUUUUGGCCCUCCAGGAAACCUAGGCAGCAAAUAAAAAGGGCCAUGGCGAAAAUCACGUACAGAGCUGGUAGGCAUUUCUGAAAAUUAGAUAUUGGCCUUACACUUGGGCAAAAUAACUUUUCUAUAGAUAAGAAUGGGGUUGAAAGGAUCUUCCGCGUGAAAAAUAUUUCAGAUAAUGGCAUGUUUGGAGUUGGUGCCAUACUUUUGAGGUUUGAUGUAGUCUAACGUGCAUCAAUGAGAUAGAGAAAUAAAGUCUAAUAUUAUACAUAUUUCUAUCCUUUUUGUAUUUUCUUCUAUCAUUUGUAUAUUUGGGCACUCGGGUAAUUUCACAGGUUUAAUAUUGUAUAUUUUCUUGAUAUUUUGGUGCCUUGGAUA